CUAGGCAAUGAUAGUACGUCACUUCCGCUGUAGUAGACCGUAGGUUACUUCCAGUGCUUAGUUUGCGACAGCCGGUUUAUGUAUUGCUGCGAAGAUGGCGUCUGGUAGCGGGGCUAAAAAUGACUUCAGAAGAAAAUGGGAUAAGGAUGAAUAUGAAAAGUUAGCUCAGAAACGCUUGACAGAAGAACGGGAAAAGAAAGAUGGCAAGCCAGCACAACCAGUUAAGCGUGAGCUUUUACGGCACAGGGACUACAAAGUGGACCUGGAGUCAAAACUUGGGAAAACAAUUGUUAUCACAAAAACCACACCCCAGGCGGAGAUGGGAGGGUAUUACUGCAAUGUCUGUGACUGUGUUGUUAAGGAUUCAAUUAACUUUUUGGACCAUAUCAAUGGGAAAAAACAUCAGAGAAACCUGGGUAUGUCCAUGAGGGUGGAAAGGUCUUCCCUUGAUCAGGUCAAAAAAAGAUUUGAGAUGAAUAAAAAGAAGAUGGAGGAGAAGCAAAAAGAAUACGACUUUGAAGAGAGAAUGAAGGAACUGCGAGAAGAGGAGGAGAAAGCAAAAGCAUACAAAAAAGAAAAACAGAAAGAGAAGAAACGCAAAGCAGACGAAGACUUAAAUUAUGAAGAUGACAAUGAAAUGGCAGCAGUGAUGGGAUUCUCAGGAUUUGGAUCAUCCAAAAAAGGACACUGAACAUUGACAGUUGGAAAACUGUUGUUUCCUUUAGUAGUGAAAUAGCUGUUUUAACCCCAGUGCUUUAGCCAGAGCCAAGGAUAUUUUUUAUGAAAUGUGAUUGUCUCAUUAUGUCCAGUGCAACAGUCAACAUUUUUACAAAAUAAAAAAGUAAAAAAAAAACAGUUUCUAAUGGUGGGUUAAGGCGAUUGAGCAAGCAAACAGCGAAAAAGUAAAAGACUUUGUAAAUACAAAAGUUUUUUUUUUCCGGGAAUUAUCCUGGGUGGGAUUUUCUGUUAUUAAUAUUAUUAAAGGUUUUUAUUAUUGGCCACUUUGCUGUGUAAUACUUAAGAAUGUUUCAGUUUGAUGUAGAAAUACUAAAAAAAGUGACCAAAAGAAUUCCCAAAAGUGUGUCUGAAACAAAAGUUUACAUGAGUGAGCCGUCUCUUGUCUUUUUAAUUUUUUUUUUUUUUUGGUGAAUCGGUCCUUUGGAUACAAUAAACAGAAGUGACAAAAAAAAAGAA